CUCUCACGCUUUGAUUUGUGUUUCGCAUGCUAGAUUGAUUGACCCGUAUUCUUCAAGGCUGUUACUUCAUGCCUUAUUCAUAUUAAUUGUGGUUUUAUUUCUUUGAUGUUGAAUAUGCGAAAAAAGAUGUCAUUGACUGCCACAUCCCACAUCGAUAGGGCUGAAGGCGGUGAGGGAGAUCGCCAAAUCUUGGCAGAUUGAUUGUUGAACCUCGAAUCCGUGGUUGAUCUUGAAGGAACAAACAAGAACAACAAUAGCUAAUAUUUGACACCACUCUUACGGAACUCUCAAGUCACCAAGAGACAGCUAUGGUCAUACUCGAAUGACCAUACGACACACGCUCGGCCUCUGCGAACACGCGCGACACCUCAACCAUAAUCGCACCCCCGACCUCUCGACUUCCUACGCACGUCACUGCCUACACAUCUAUCCACCAUGUCAACCUCUGAGCCCUCAAAUGCUGUCGCAAAACGGCCAGCCUCAGGCGCUCUCAUGGCACCGCCACCAGCGCCCAAGAGGAUUAAGCGCCCUGCCAUUGUCCUCGACGACGACACCUACAGCGACGCCGUUGCGCACAUAAUCCGGCGCGACUUCUUCCCCGGCCUCGCAGAGACAGACGCACAGAGAGAAUACCUGAAUGCGUUGGAGAGUGGCAACAAGGCAUGGAUUCGGGAGUCUGGAAAGACGCUCACCAGCGUCAUGACUCCGGGGCCAAAAGCACAAGUACGGGCUCAACGAAGGACUGUGGGAGACGGUGGAUUUCGGGGAAGCACACCGGUAGGAAGAGCAGGCGAAACACCAAAAGGCUGGGUAGGAGAUACGCCCGUGACAGUCGCAGGAACAGAAAUCGACGAUGAGGAGAAAGCAAAUCAAGAGAAGCGACCCGAUGUCGAUCUCAACCUCAGCUUGAGCGCAUUCCAAGCGAAAUACAUAUCUGAAGACCAAGAGUCCUUCUCCAAGAUCCUGGACCGCCAGAACGCCAAACGGUUCGAGAAGAACGCAUGGAUGCGCAACGGCAACAUCCACCCCUCGAAGCAACGCAUCGCGCAGCACAAGGCCAUCGAAGCCGCCAAACAGCGCUCUGCCUCCCAAGCCCUCACCGUCCGCCCGUCCCAAGACCUCAACGACCGCCCCGCAGCACCGACAACGCACAAACACACGGCCUUCAACUCCCUCAUGUUCGCCCCGGACUCGGUGGAAGACUGGGCGCCCACGCGCGCACAGAACGCCGAAGCUGCGUCGCUGGCUCCCCCGAAGGCAGUCGUACACCACAACACACGCCUCCCAGACCCAGAUCCCAACGUCCCGGCGCGGCCGCCCUCCCCAACAAUGUCUGCGGUCCGGGACGCCGUGGCAGGGCGCCCGCGGCUCUCGAACAGCGAGGCAGGAUACACAGGGAGCGAGACGCCGCGGGUGAACGGGUACGCAUUCGUCGACGCCGUUGGGCCCGAUCAAGACAGCGACAGCGACGACGCACCAACCGACCUCCUCGAGCGCCUCGGCGCAAAGGCGAACCCAAGUCCCUUCACGAUAUCCGACUCACAGCGGCGGGAGAGACUGCACCACAAGAUGGUCGACCGCAUCAACCACAACCAUAAGAACAACUACGACUCUGGCGGGGACACGAAGACCGGGCUAGGCAGGUUCGGAAACGACACGCCCAAGUUCCUGACCGCGCCGACGCCCAGGGUGGCGGGUGGUGGUGGUGUACUGGCGGGCGGUAUGACGCCCGGCGCGAAGAGGAAUCUGGGGAAUUUGACACCCGCUGCGCAGAGGUUGUUUCAACGUGUAGGUGGUGGUAGUACUGGCGGUGCUGUUGGUAGUAGUGGACGAUCGGGCACGACGAGGAGCGGAGCUACGAAGGGUGGGUUUGGGGGCACGUCGAGUCGGGACUGGACGCCCACGCCGAAGGUGAGGAGGAAGGGGCAGUGAUUGCUGUUUGGAUGGCUCGCUUGGCUUCUGGAUGUUGGAGAUGUUAUGACUAGACUGAUCCAAGGAGAAGUAGAGUAUAGAAGAGGAGAGAAAGACUUAUAUACCCCCUAUUCUUAGUUAUACAAACGACGACGACGACCCGCCGAAGUGCUCGGAUCGGGCGUCCUUUUUCUAUGUUAGAAUUCAAGAUCAGCAUUUUUGGGUUUUGAUAUUUUCAUGUUACGUUGUAUUGCGUUUUUGAUGUCAAGUCUGAUUGAUUAUCAAAGUGAUGUGAUGAUCGGAGAUCAUAUCAG